UUCAGCAAAAAAUACUUGCUUGCAUCACAAAAAGAAGAUAGAAAUCCUUGUGGAAUUUAAAGAGAAUGAAAGAAAAACGAAACUUAUGUGAAAUUCGAAGAUAAUGGCGAAUGAACAAAAUCUAUGUUUUACGGCAGCGUAUCUGCUUAGCCACGCAGUCGCAAGCGUUUGCUGAAAAUGCUAACUAUAUCCCACUCAUUCUCAUUGUUCCCUACUCGCUCUGAUUAUAUACGUAAUGUGUAUUCGCGUCGAGCGUUCGUUGACUUGCUCGGCCGGUGGAUAUGCGGACCAAGGGAGGCUGGAUAAAUCAAUGAUCGAUUUUUGAUUAAAAAGAUCGAUACGCGUUUAAAACGGACGUACAGGAAUCGAUUUGACAAAUCAAAAGUCUCCCCAAAGAAAUCAAUUUUCCAGAGAAUUGAUUCAGAAUCUCUAAACAGAUCUCUCUAGGGACACAGUGAAUAUUAAUCAUGCAGAGGAAGAUAUCGAUGAAAUCGACGUACUGGAUAUUGCAACCAUGGAGUCUGUUUACCCUUAUACUGAUCCAAUUUUUAAUACAAUUUUUUAUGUCUAUUUAUCUUUACACUUACGUGGCCCGCGUGGAGACUGAUGUUCAUAUCAUGCAAGACCAUGACAUUUUAGAGAUUGAAAAAUUGAUACGGAGGAAACGGAAUAGUGCAUUGCCUGUAACUGAAGAUAAUAAAGUUUCAGAUACUUCUAGAAUUUGGGAGGAAAAGGAUAUGUUGAAAGAGUCUAAAAGGGUGACUUUACCUCCCAUAGCAAUGUCAGGAUUAUCCUCUUCUCCAAUCACUCCCAUGGAACACGAUUGGGUGUGGCUAAACGCGGACACACGUGUGCAGGUCGAUGCAAUUGAAAAUUUUUGUCGAUCUUCAAUGAAAUAUUGUCCACCAGGAUUACCGGGGGCACCUGGAGAACCAGGUCUUCCAGGAUUGCGUGGAAUGAUUGGUCCAAAAGGACCGCCUGGUUUAACCGGACCUCGUGGGCCGAAAGGCGAUGUAGGAUCUCAUGGCUUUGAUGGCAGAGAUGGAGUACCAGGCGAACCUGGUCUUGAUGGAAUUCCUGGACGCAGUGGCUUAGAUGGACUUCCGGGAAUAAAUGGUAAACCAGGGUUAAAUGGAUCUCCUGGUCGGCCUGGGCGGAAUGGCACAGAUGGAAGGCCAGGUCACAUAGGACCACAAGGACCACCUGGACUGCGCGGAGAAAUGGGUCCUCCUGGUAGAUCCGGCUUACCAGGGCAAGAUGGCAGGCCAGGGAUAACAGCCUGGAAGGUGAACAUGAAUGACUAUAAUGUAAACGAUUUAUUAAUUCCUCCUUCCAUCUUGGACGAUAGAAUGUUACCAGCAACGUUAAAUUCUACCGGAUUAAUUUCCGUUUAUGAGGGAACCAAUAUAAGAUUGAGAUGCGCAUCGAGCGGAAAGCCACAGCCUGUCGUUCAAUGGUUUAGAACCGAUGGUACAGUCAUUCCUGUAGGAUCUUGGCAUGUGACUUCUAUCAUUGGGCACACAUUUAAUAUCACUGCAGUGAACAGAGAGCACAUGGGAGAAUACACCUGCAUCGCUGAUAAUGGAGUUCCUCCUAGAGCAUUCAAAAGAUUCAAACUUCAAGUUAAAUUUCCACCUUUUAUUCGGAUACGCAAUCAAAUGAUUCUUGUGCGUAGUCAGAGUACUGCCACUCUGGAAUGUGAGGUCGAGGCAUUUCCGGAACCAAUUGUUUACUGGGAACGCGGGGAUGGCCGUCGCCUAAAAAUGUCCGACAAAUACAGACUAGAAGUUUAUGAUAAAAGAGACAUAUAUAAGCUUAAAAUGCGAUUAAAGAUUACAAGAAUAACAUCGGGGGAUUAUGGUACCUACCACUGCAUUGCCAAAAACGAUAUUGAUACCACUAAGGGCUCGUUUGUGGUCAAUGACGAUGUAAAUAGCAUGGAAAGAUUAAUUAUUCGAAAAGAACAACAUGUUUCGUAUGGAGAGCCUGCGCCGCAACACGUUGAUUUAGAGGAACUUUGUGCACCGCGUGAAACUUGCACGGCUUGUCCUGUUUUAAGGUGUACCUUUACAGAUAUUGCCGAAUAUCUAAACGUUCAAACACUGAAAGGCGUCAAUUUCACUGGUCUUUCAUCGCGAUUAGCAGAUGGCGUGAUAGAAGCGUUGGGGAAACCUGUAUUAAAGGGUACGAUGGAUGAUCAUUACGGAAGUUGGAUGCACGACGCGUCAUCGAGAUCUGAUAAUUAUCCCGAUAAACUUUGGGUUACUCGAAAGAAUGACACUUCUUUUAUUUACGAGUACAAAUCAAAAGAUCAUUUUAAAAAUGCUAGUUCAUAUCCCAUUGCAUUACCCUACGCAUUUCAGGGUAAUGGGCACAUAGUAUACAAUAGAUCUUUCUAUUACAAUCCUAUAAAUCGAUCUUCCAUUUUUCGCUUCAAUCUUCAUUCCAUUUCUGAUCAUAUAUGUGAUAAGGAGUUUCCGCGAUGCGAAUUGCAUCUACCAGGGUUACUAGUAAAUACAAAAAAUUAUCUCUAUACGCCGAAUCAUAAUUUUAAUUACGUUGACUUUAAUGUCGAUGAAAAUGGCUUAUGGAUAAUAUAUGGAUUGCCAUCAAAUAAUACGGUAGUGCUAAAAAUAGAUGCAAUCAAUAUGAAUAUUCAAUAUGCAUGGAAUAUUAGUAUCGACAAUCAUAAAUUUGGAGAAAUGUUUAUUGCUGGUGGAGUACUUUAUGCCGUUCAUAGCGUCACCGAAGAAACAAUGAAAAUAAGAUUAGCCUUCGAUCUCUAUAAAAACGUUACAAUACCUGUUCACUUAUCGUUCACAAAUCCUUACCACAAAACCACGGCAGUCAGCUACAACCAUAAGACGAAAGAACUUUACACGUGGAAUAAAGGAAAUCAAUUGGCAUAUCCUAUCAAGUAUCAAGGCUUUGCAAAUGUUACAACGAAAGAAGAGCUCAAAGAUGUAGACACCGAAAUUUAAAAUCCGCAUUAAUCUAAUAUAAAUAAGUGAAUAGAAUAUGUAAUAUUUUAUACUUUCAUUUUUCAUCAAUGUAUGGUUAAACUAA